CCGCAGCCGCGGCUGAGCUCUGCUUUAAGGCGCAGGUUGAAGGGAGAGGUGCAAACAGAGCAAUCUGCUGCCAUGAAAACAAAGUGGCAUGUCUAUAUUUUGUGGAGUGUUUUAUCCCUUGGCCUCCUCUGCUGUGCAACCGACACAUCUGCCUUUACAAGAAGGAAAAGGGGGGUUUCGAACCUGGGUAAUCCAAGAUCGAAACCGGUCCGAGUGUCAACAACAGAAUUCUCCCUGAAGUUACCUGCCAGCUCUUCUCCAUUGUUUAAACUCAGUCCACCAGGACGCCCCCCUCAUCUGGACCCCCGAGCCAUGCGUGCUGCUCAGACCCAGUCGGACUUUGCCGCUGUGCCAGACGUCUCUGUGACCUGCUCCACGUCCGACUUGGUCGUCCGGGUCAAGCCAGCUUUCUACGGUCAGAGCGCCGAGGCAGAGGAGCUGACAUUAGGCCGCAGCUGCAGGAGCAACGGGGUUCUCAGACCGUACGGUGACCUCCUCUUCACGUAUCCGGUGACAGCUUGUGAUGCUGUACGUGAGGCGCCUCGGGGUUACCUGGUCUACAAGUUCGUGCUCCAUUACGCGCCAUCGCCAAAACGGUCCCCAAGCAGUGCGCAAACCAUCGAUGUCGACAUUGAGUGCCGUUAUCAGAGGAACCAUCACGUGUACCAGCUGGCUGUGAAACCCACCUGGCAAACUGCUGUGAUGCGUAAAAAGCUGAACGGGCGCCCCAGUGACUUCCAGAUCGAGUUGAUGGAUGAUUCCUCGAGCGAACCAGCCGGGCCCCACGUGUACCAGCUUGGCCAGACGGUAAAUGUCCAGGGCUCUGCCCUGCAUCUCCCCACUGGAGGAAAACUAUACAUCAGCAGCUGCUAUGCAGCACCAUCCGGUGGUGCCAAAUCAUAUCUCAAAUACACCAUCAUCGACAAUUUUGGCUGUAUGCUGGACAGCAAAAAAGACCCGGGAGCCUCUCAGUUCAUCUAUCGCACGGACAAGACCCUGCAGUUCUCCCUGAAGGCCUUCCACUUUACCCCUGACCCUGACACUGAGGUCAGCAUUCGCUGUGAAUUUUCAGUCACUUCAGAGGAUCCAAGUCCUACACACAAAUCCUGCACCUACAUAGGAAACAGGUGGAAGGCCCUCACUGGUGACGACUCUAUAUGUGAAUGCUGUGAUUCACAGUGCGUGACCUCUGAACACUGGAAGGUCACGACAGAAGGUUCUGCCCGCAGUGAGUUGCUGCUCGUCUCCGAUCAGCCGUACGCCGCGGAGGAGGUUUUUCUACCAAUCAGUCCUUCCCUGGUCAGCGUGAGCCGAGACAUCAAGACCACAGUCAGUCGACAAAUUGAUGAGCAGCACAGUCCUGAGUAUUUGUGGGAAAGUGCAGAUGUAGUAGAAUAUGACGAUUAUGAUGAUGAAGAAGAGUACACAGAAAAGGAGCUCGGUGAAGUGGAAAGCAGGAUAAUCUUCGGCGUUACGACAGAACCCGAGUCAGAGAAAUUUGUUUUCAGGCAUGGGGUUUUAGUGGAGGAGCGGACUGAAGCUGAAGUGAAGAAUGUAGAUGAGCCUGAAGAUGACGGCUCAGCUAAUGACAUGGAGGAUGUGUUCGAGGGUGAAUUAGUGCAUGAAAUAUCUGAGGGAAGAGAAGAUGAGACCUCCGACGCUCAGCACACGAUCCAUUCGAAUCAGAGAGAAGUUGAAGUGCUGCGUCACUGGGCGCAGGCUGCGCACCUGCCGGAGUCUGAAGGUGAGGAAGAAAAGAAGACCUACACCGGUAGAGAUGAAGAGCAUGAUAGGAAAAGGGCCUAUGAUGAAGAGAGGAAGAACUAUGAUGGUCUGGCAGAUCCAGAUGAUCUGACAUGGUAUUUCAAAUGGAGGUAGUAUCGGUUCAAUGGAUUCUCAACUUAAAGACUGUUCUAGUUCUUCAUACAUUUAAAUUCAAUAAAAACAAACUUGA